AUGUCAUCUCAAGAUACCACCAACAUCAACAACAAUCCCAACGACACAGACCCCGCCGUCAAUGCCACCGUUGAUGUCGCUAAUGACAGUGCUGCACCUGACUGGGACCAACUUGGAGCCGUCAUCAGUGAGAUUACAGUGCAGCGCCUCCAAUCCAUUGUGGAGACCGUGUUGGAGACCGUGUUGCGUGAUAAAAUCACUGCCUCCUCAGGCUCCUCCAGCUCCAGUGCCGAGAAUGUCCCUCCACAUGUGGAGUGUACCAACUCCCCUGCCAUAAUCUGA